AUCUGAUGAAGUGGCGAAGCUACGUCUGAACCGCUUUUGCUUUGAAUACCAUACAUUUAACAAAGAAUGUAACGAGGAGGUCGUAUUCAAAAAUUACCAAAUGCCGGUACGACACGCAGACCCUUCUAAAUCAGUUGCAUUGUCAGUGCCGCAUUCAGUAUUACAUCAAGGACCAACCGAUGUGUAGAAAAGUUCCAGGAUUAACACAGAAUUAGCACAAAGCAGAGACGCCACCUCAGCCCAACAUUUCAAACCAGCAAGUAGCAGAGGGAGAAAAAAAAAAAAAGAUUGAGAGAGAAGCAGUGUGUGCCUGAGACACAUACUCCAGCAACUCAAGACGAGUCCCAGAGAUCACAGACACACUGCAGCCAGGACGGGCAUCCUUCCGGAAAGAGAACCCUCACAGACGACAGCUUCAAGAGCAUGGAGGAAAAACAAUUUUCUGGCAUAUUGAAUGGGGCAGUUCCAGGAGAGCCAGUGAAGAAAGAUGAAAACUCCAGAAGGGGAAACUGGGGCAACCAGAUUGAGUUUGUCCUCACCAGUGUGGGCUAUGCAGUGGGGCUCGGCAAUGUCUGGAGGUUUCCUUACCUCUGUUACAGGAAUGGAGGAGGUGCCUUCAUGUUCCCAUAUUUCAUCAUGCUGGUGUUCUGUGGAAUCCCUCUGUUCUUCCUGGAGCUCUCCUUUGGGCAGUUCACCUCCCUCGGUUGCCUGGGAGUCUGGAAGGUCAGCCCCAUGUUUAAAGGUGUGGGCUAUGGAAUGAUGGUGGUCUCCACCUACAUUGGAAUCUACUAUAACGUGGUGAUAUGCAUUGCAUUUUAUUACUUUUUCAUGUCCAUGACAAACCUGCUGCCCUGGACGUACUGUAACAACCCCUGGAACACUCCUGACUGCAGUGGGGUGUUGAACACUCCACGAGCUAAUGCCACUUUUGCCAAUAUGUCUGCUGUUGUGUCGGGAGUGACUGAGAUAGUUAACCGCACUAAGAGGACCAGUCCUAGUGAAGAGUACUGGAGGAACUAUGUGCUGAAUGUCUCUGACGGUAUUGGGAACUUUGGGGAUGUGCGUCUGCCCAUUCUUGGCUGUUUGGCUGUAUCAUGGGUGGUGGUGUUCCUCUGUCUAAUUCGAGGGGUCAAAUCCUCAGGCAAGGUGGUGUAUUUCACAGCGACCUUCCCUUACGUGGUUUUGACUAUUCUCUUCAUCAGAGGGAUCACACUGGAUGGAGCCGUCAGUGGUAUCAAAUACUACCUGACCCCUCAGUGGCAGAAAAUUCUAGAUGCCAAGGUGUGGGGGGAUGCUGCCUCUCAGAUUUUCUACUCUCUGGGAUGUGCCUGGGGUGGGCUUAUCACCAUGGCGUCAUAUAACAAGUUUCAUAAUAACUGUUUCAGAGACAGUAUCAUCAUCAGUAUAACAAACUGUGGUACCAGUGUGUAUGCUGGCUUUGUUAUUUUCUCCAUCCUGGGAUUCAUGGCUCAUCAUCUGGGGGUGGAUGUGUCCGAGGUGGCUGAUCAUGGGCCGGGCCUGGCAUUUGUGGCCUACCCAGAGGCCCUAACACUGCUGCCCAUAUCUCCACUCUGGUCCCUGCUCUUCUUCUUUAUGCUCAUUCUACUGGGCCUGGGCACUCAGUUCUGUUUGCUGGAGACUCUAGUAACAGCUAUAGUAGAUGAGAUCGGAACUGACUGGAUUAUUAAAAAUAAGACUUAUGUCACUCUGGGAAUUGCCAUAGUAGGCUUCCUCCUCGGAGUACCACUUACAACACAGGCAGGGAUAUACUGGUUGCUGCUUAUGGACAACUAUGCUGCCAGUUUCUCUCUAGUCGUCAUCUCUUGCAUCAUGUGCAUCUGCAUAAUGUAUGUCUAUGGUUAUAAGAACUAUUUUAAAGAUGUGGAGAUGAUGCUGGGCUUUCCUCCUCCAGCUUUCUUCAGGAUCUGCUGGAGAUUUGUGUCUCCUUUGAUUAUUUCUUUCAUCCUGAUCUUUACAGUGAUCCAGUACAAGCCUAUCACCUACAAUGACUAUGUAUACCCCAGCUGGUCAUUGGUCAUUGGAUUUGCCAUGGCUUUGUCUUCAGUUAUCUGUAUACCCAUCUACGCUCUGUUCAAGAUUGCUAUGUCUGAGGGAUCCACAUUUUCAGAGCGUUUGAAGAACUCUCUGAAGCCUGACCCGGACUGGGGCCCAGCCCUACAGGAGCACCGUAAGGGCCGAUAUGCCACUAUUGGGCCUGAAUCUGUUGAGGUUUGCCCUCUCAAAGAAGAGCUGAAGGAUGAGGGGAAAGUGAAACUCCAGGAGAAGGAGAAAGAAACAGAGAAGGGGAAAAAGGAUGAGAUCGGUUUGACCAUCCCUGGAAGCAACGGCUCUACAUUGAACCCCACACCUAGUGCAUAGAGGACCCUUCCCCACCCUCGCCCCAGGACGGUUCCCUCUCCCCGCCGUCACACACUGUGGGGCAGGCCGCUCUCGCUGGAGACCUUUACAUAUUGUAAGGGCUUUAUGAAAUCUAACCUCUAGAGAAAUUGGUUGUCAUCCAAAACUUUUUUCUUUUUGUUCACAUAAUUUAAUAGUGCAGUUUUUUAAGAAGAAAAAAAGACAUAUACAGGAGAUGUAUGUAUACAGCGCAUUGUACAAUAUUUUCACUCUGUGUUGAGUAGACUGGAGAUGUGACUGUAGCCACAGCAGUAGCUACAAUGGGAUUUGGCUUAUGUGUUUAUAGGAGUGGCAGUGCUGGUCAGGUUAAAAGCUGAAGACCAAAUAAUCUUUGUUACAAUGUUGUAAAGGCCCCAUAAUGACACUGUUGAGGGGGGUUAUGUUUGGAAACCAUAGUGUUCACAUGGGCAAUUGUGUGGUGGAUGGUCAAUAUGUAUUUUUCAGUGGCCAGUGCCAUGCAUUGCAGGUGACUGAUAGUUGAUAAAAUGCAUGGAUAUAAUAUAAUGCUAUUUAAUGAUAGCAAAUGAGACAAACUGCUGAAGUUAAAUGAACAUUUAACACAGUAUUUAUUCAGAAUUCUAUUUGAAAAUAUACAUUGACUGGACUGAACUGAAACAAAGAAGAGCUAACACGUUUGUUUACUAGCCAAGUCAACUUGGUUAAUCAGCUGAUAACAAUAAUCUCAAAAUGGCAGAUUUGUUAUCUCAAAACAUCGGCCGAUAAAGUCGCCUGAACACCUUGAGAUGUUAAGAAAAGGUGUUUGUGUUCAGAACAAUAAAUAUGCACAGGCCAAGAGAAUAACAAGAACUGCAUAUCCCUUCAAGUGAGAGCACAAAUACAAAACAAAGGAUAAUUGGUCUUCAGCUCUUACUGCCAGUGGUAUCUGGACCGAAGUAAAACUUCUCAACUCCUUCUCGACUAACUUCUCCCAUUCUCAGGGUUACACACAAUUUGCUUUUUGCAAACUGUUUUCCAACACCUUGAGAUGAUUUAUUUGCUGUUGUUAGGUGUUUGACAUGAGAGGAGAGGGGUUUUCAUGUAGGAACUCCCACAUGAAAUGCCAAAUCUGUUUAGUCUUCCAGGCAUUUUAGAGUAAAUUUGCAAGGCAUCUCCUGAGCGAGGGGGGCAUGUGUGCGACAACAGAAGCAGCUAGUUCCUCAUUAGAUUCAGUACUGUAGUAUGCAAACUAACCCUGCUCUUCACAGAAAAAAAAGAGGCAUGUUACCAAAAACAUGUGCACAAGCCUUUAUAUCCUGAUGUCUUAGAUGGUAUUUUUGUUUUUGUGUGUGUGAUAGGUAGUUUUUUGUUGUCUACUCAUGUUAAAAGACUUGAACUGGUGUGUAUUUGUCAUUUAAAGGCAUCUGGCUGUACUGAGCCAAACAGUCAUGUGAUUGAACACUGAACAGUAAGGUUGCAUGCAGAAAGACCACAGGUUUUCCUUAGCUGAGAAAAUAUAGCAUCAAUCAGUUUCACUGUGGUUAGUAUAAUUGUUGGGUAGUCAGUAUUUUUUUCCCUCAUAUUAUUGUAAAAUAUCAUGAAACAGACAAAUGAGAAGUCAAACCAUCAAAUUUAUAUGGCAAUGUUUACCAUUCCUCAAGACUGACUGGUUUCACAUUUGUUGGCAAUAGGGAGGGGACAGACUGGAAUGGAUAUUUUGACCAUGCUUAGACUUCAUUUUUAUGACGUUUGGUGCUUGGCUUUUUUAUGAUGGUAUUAUAGUGUUUAUAUAGCUGGAUGGACUUUUGUCAAGAUGCAGUAUAUCAUAUCAUUCCAGUGUUGUUUCAACAAGGCCCCUCUCUUACAGUGCAUAUGGUUGGUGUGGCACAAAUCCGUAGUUACACUGUGAGUAUUUCUGGGAGAUUGCCUGACACCACUUAAUGGGGAGUCUAGCAAUGCAGCUGCUAAUGUGCUGAUGGAUCAUUUAAUGAGACUUCUGAUUAUUUUGUUUUCUCAUAAACAGUAAAUCACUGUAUAUAGUCAAGUCAAAGUAGUUUAUUGUUAUUUCUCUCCUGCGUGGUAGGAAAAAUGAUGUCAGUAUUCAUAUAGCUUAAAAGUCUAAAUCAUUGUUUUAUGUACAUUUUAUUAAUCUCUGCAUGAAGGUAUUAUAUAUAUAUAUUUUCAUAUCUUAUCCAAAAAUAUACAAUACACAAUCUAACUGAAAAAAGUGACAAAAAAGAGAGACCUAAUGACAAGUAAGGGGUUGUUCACACUGAUUCACUUUUGCGUUCGUCCACACUGUUUUUCAAUUAUUUUGAUUUUGUACGUGAAAAUGCGCUAGACAGAUGUCUAUCACAGGCCCUUUUGACAUUUAAUCAUGUUCAGGAUAUAAAUUGUAUAUAUAUAUAUAUAUAAUUAAAUGUUUACUUGAUCUUGAUAUUAGAAAUGACAUUACUUGUGGAAAUUCACAUUCUUGAUAUCAAAAAUUGAAUUUCAACUAGUAAAAGUCGUGAUUAUGGAUAUCUGAAACCGCUUUUUCACUAGUAGAAUUUCACAAUUAUCUGUCAUUCACUCCUGUUCAAAAUGCAAUUACAGAUAUCUAUAAUUUCUUACUAGCUGAAAUUGCAAUUUCACAUAUCAACAAUGUACUACUUAACAGGAAAAAUGCUAAUUUUCUACAAAAGUUACUUUAUUUCUAGUGCAAACGUCCAUUUCUGAUAUCAACAAUUGAAUUACAACUAGCAAAAAUUGUCAUUUUUGAUAUAUGUAAUUUGGUUUUCAAAAGUGGCAAUGUUAAUUUCAGAUAUCUUUAAUGUUAUUGUAACUAGUGAGAAUACCUUUUAAGAUAUCUGUAAUUAUUCUUCAGUUUAUUGAUAUCUAAAAACUAUUUCUAGAUAAAUGAAAUACCAAAUCUAGCCAGUUAAAAUACAUGAUUACAUAUCAAAAACUAGCAUUUUCACUAAUUGUUGAUAUCAGGAAUGGGUAUUUUUAACAAUGUAAUUUUUGGUAUCAAAAAUUAUUUAUUCAAAAAUAAAAAAAAUAAGUGCACAGCUGAUAUAUAAAAUUGAAAUUUUAAAAAGUAAUUAAUUAAAGAUAUCUGUUAUUGCGUUUUGAAUGUAAUUACAAAAAUUAGACAGAUAUCAGUAAUUAUAUUUUUAACUAGUUAAAAAUUCCUUUUUUGGAAUAUUAGAUGUCAUUUAAUAAGUAAUGAUGUCAUUUUUGAUAUCAAGAAAGCAAAUGUAUUUACAAGAAUUAGAAUCAAGAAUUAGCAUUUUUACUAGAAGUAAUUUCAUUGCUGAUAUCAAGAAUAGCAUUUAAACUAGUGAAAAUUGAACUGUAGAUAUCUAUAACUCCUAUCCUGCACAUAAUUAAAUGUUAAAAGGGCUUGCGAUAGGACAUCUUUGACCAUUGCGCCACCUCACGCUGGUUUUUUUGUUUUGUUUUUUUUACAGUGCAUCACGAAGGAGCGUCGAGUGUUUUCGAUGCUGUGUUAAGUUAAAAAGAACUUAAACUGUUAAAAACACAUCUAGCUUUUUAGCACAAAGACGCAUUCGUUGUGAACGGUCCCUAACCCUGCUGCCUAACAGACGGUAUCAGACACUCAGGGGAGUAGUUAGAAGUUCGAGUCCUAGGUUUUUGUGAUGUCAUCGAAGCACAACAGUACUUGCAUUUCACAAACUCUAGCUUUUCCUCUGUUAUACAGUGGGGUCUGUAGAUGAAAGCAGUAAAAUGCAGCAUACGCUCUCUAUGCUGCCCAGUUUAAGGGGUCAUGAGACAACUAGACUCGACACUAACAGCACUUUUUACUGGUUCUCUUUAGCUGGCUACAUGCACAGUAACUACAAUAAGAUUAAUCGCUGUCAGAAAUGUAACUGCACAAGAUUGAAACUUGCUCCGGGCCUCAUUUGUCUAAUGUGUGGUCCUCAGAACUUGAACGUGACAUGAAGACCAUGUGUCUGUCUCUAGGUACUGAAAAAUUUACCUUUACUCUUAUAGUAGAAAUGUUAUGCAUCAGUGCCAUUCUUGCACUGUUCUUCAUCUUUUGCCCCCCCCCCCCCCUCUCUCUCUCUCUCUCCCUCCCUCUCUCCCUCUCUCUCUCUCUCUCUCUCUCUCUAUUGUACAGUAAUGUAAAAAAAAGACAAAAACCCAACUGAUGUGUAUGUUUGUGUUUGUUUUUAUCAGGGUGGGUUGGGAGGGUAAAAUGCUAUAGGUGGGUUUAUUUUUUAGUUGUUUUUACUUUUUUUCUUAUUGUAACGUAGCUAAUGUCAUGUGUACAGAGUGCUUUGUGUAGUGGAUGUUCAACUGCUGAGUCAAGCUUUCAUGUUUGUACUAGUAUUGAUGUUAUGUAAUUUUAAUCAGUAUGUAAUUAUCCAUAUUGUCAUUUAACAAACAUAAUUUACCUUUGUAAGAUAUUUUUCCUUUUUAUUUUUAUAGUACUAAAACUUUAUUUUAUCAUUAAAUGUUAUCAUUUUUAGCAAUGUUCUGUGACACUACAUUUUUUCCUGAACCUCCUCAAGCCAGCUGAUCUCAAACGUACUGGCAAAUUAAGUCUUUGGACUAAAACAUAUAUAUAUAUAUAUAUAUAUAUAUAUAUACACAGACACACAGAAAUGCUUUUAGCAGAAGUGUCUGGUCAUACCAGAUACAGAAAAAAAUGCUUAUUACUGUGGAAAGACAGUCUAAAGCCAACAGUGUUAUAUCUUCAUCUCAGUUUUGUACUGUCAUAAUACAUUUUAAAGUGUACAGUAUUUGUUGUGUGCUGCGAAACUCUUUAAGGACAGUGUAAACAUUUCUGUCAGUUGACCCAUGAUCACUUUCUUAUAUGCUCAUUAAUUGCAAAAUGUAAAAACAGAUUGAUGAAGAAAGCACAAUUGAUUGUUCGGAAAGAAUGUUUUUACACAUGCAUGCCUAAUUGCCCAUCUUUGAAUAAUUUUCGCUAUGCAUUUGAAAUGUUUAUUGAUGCAUUUUAAAAAGAUUGCUAUCAUCAAACUAAGUUAUUAUUUAGGAACUUUAAAGGGAUAGUUCACCCAAAAAUGAAAAUUCUCUCAUCAUUUACUCUCCCUCAUGCCAUCCCAGAUGUGUAUGACUUUCUUUCUUCUGCAGAACACAAAUUAAGAUAAAUCGUGUGAUUUUUGGAGCUUGAAAGGUCUAGUCACCAUUCACUUGCAUUGUAUGGAAUGACAGAGCUGAGAAAUUCUUCAAAAAAUCUUCGUUUGUGUUCUGCAGAAGCAAGAAAGUCAUACACAUCUGGGAUGGCAUGAGGGAGAGUAAAUGAGAGAAUUUUCAUUUUUGGGUGAACUAUCCCUUUAAUUUGAGUAUAUUAAAAUAGAUCAACCAUGUUUUAAAUAUUGUCAGAUAUCAACCAGCUAUGGGCAUUGGAAAAGAUGUUUCUGAAAAGUCCACACAAUUGGUAACACUUCUAAGUGGACUUUGCUCCUAAUAUGGCUUGGCUUUCAAAUUAUGUGUCAUAAAAUGUGAAUCUUCUAACACAAUCUAACACAUCACUAUUGCAUUGCAUAUCAGUAAUUAGUUUGCAUGCUGUUGAAUUGAUAGGGAUGACAUACAUCCUAAAAUGACAUGGUGUGGUGGCUGUCUUUGGAGUAAACAAAACAAAUACUAGAAUUCGGUGAAAAAUAUGCACACAAACAAAUACCUAGAUGGAAAUAUUAACUGAGCACAAUUUUGUGGCUGUAUGAAAUAUAACUACACAGAAUCAUCGAAACUGUGAAUUCAUAGUCAUUACCUAUGACCAUUUAAGAGUCUCUAUAUAUAUAUUAUCAUGCAUUUUCAUGUGGUCACAGCACUUUAAAAAUCUUGUGUGUUUGAAAGCAACAAAAAAUAUUACAAACUUGCAAAAAAGUUUCCCGUUUCCUGCAUCCUGCAUCCUAAAAGAUGUCAUGUAUUUACAGUAGUGUGUGUAUUCUGCUGUGCUCAUGGCAAUAUAAAACAGUGAAGUUGUAGAAUGACAAGCACAAUGACAUGAGCUCAGUACCUUAUCAAACAUAUCUAACAAUGUCUUAAAUUUUAGGGCCAAACUGCAUUGAAAUUGUCUUAGUCAUGUAUGUUGUAUAUCUUAAACUGUUCACUUUGAAAUGGUAAAUAAAGUUUAUUUUAA